AUGGACUCCCUAUCCAAGAAGAUCCAGAACCUGGGAAUUCACGAUAUCCGUAAUGCAGCCCGUUUUGCGCAGAACGUCAUUGUCCAAUAUGAACCGUAUCAGGUGGACAUCCGUAGAGCCACCAAUACAGAUGCUUGGGGCCCCACACCAAAACAUCUAAGUAAAGUGCUAAGAAAUAGAUACCAAGUCCCUCUAUAUUUGAUGGUGGAAUACACCUUGAAGAGAUUAGUGGAUCAUAUUGCCUCUAGACCAAAGAAUUUUUAUGAGAAGGCUAGAAAAGAAUAUGUUAAUUAUGGGGCUGAAUGGAGAGUCGUUUUGAAAUGUUUAGUCGUCAUUGAUUUUUUGAUUUUGAAUGUCUCUGAGGGAGAUGAACUGAAUCAAGUCUUGAGUUGUUUGACUACUCAUAAGCAUAUCUUGACGAGGGAGAUCCCCAAUUUUAAAGUGAAAUUCUCAAAUGAUGGGAAAAUGGAAAUUCAUGAACGUGGGAUCAGGAAGAAGGGUGAAGAUAUUCUUCAAUAUAUGGAAGACCCUCAUUUCUUAAAGAAGGAAAGAUCCAAGAACAGAAAGAAUGCUGCAAAGAUUCGACAGCAAACUGAGACAUCUAUAUAUAAUGCUACUCCAACAAUGAUGGCCCCAUCAGGUACCUCAUAUAAUGCAAACGAUAUAGAUCAAGGGUUUGGUGAUGACGAUGAAGAAGAAGAUCAAGAAUCAGGUAAAGAUUUAGAAUUUGAUUUAGAAACAGAGGCUAAUUUAGCACCUCCAUCAUCAACUCGUCCUCGUAGAUUAUCUAAUUUGACAGAACAAAGAAGACAAAGAAGAGAAAUACUCAGGGAAAGAAUUAAGAACACAGAAGAACAAAGGAAGAAACAAUUGCAAAACUCCAAGAACAAAAAUAAUGAUGGAACUAAUAAUGUAAAGGAUCUAUUAGAUUUUGAUGACUUCCCAGCUGAACCAUCAUCUCCUUCUCAAGCUCAUGCCGAUGAUGAUGAAGAUGAUGAAUUUGGAGAUUUCCAGAGUGAUGCAAGCCCUGCACCAACAGCAAUCAAAACUAAUAAUGCCCUACCACAAUCUACCACUACUUCGGCUUCCACAACCAAUACAAGCGCUAACUUGGAUGAUUUAUUAGACUUUGGAGGAAAUGGUAACUCUUCUGAUGCUACGACCACAAAUAAUACCACCACGAAUACCUCUUCUGCAACGAAAAAAGAUCCAUUUGCCGAUCUUUUCACUAAUUCUAAAUCAUUGAUAUAA